ACAAAAAACGAAGAGCACCGUAGUCCGUGUUAAGCAAUGGACAAAGGCCCAACGAUCGAUUACCCGCUGCCAAACUGCAUACCGCYACAAUGAGGCUCUAUAGCAACCAGACGAAGCAUGCGCUCGUGCUCCUCGUGGCCCGAACCGUUUGGACCGGCACUCCCCUGCSACAGUCGUCUGCUCUGGUGAUCCACCAGAACCACUACAACCGUGCCGUUCCGCCCCCGGCCACCGCCCCCCCGGCCGGGGUGUCCUCGCGCCCGUUCCGAUCCGCGCAGGUGGCCCUGUUUGCCAAGCCCAAAAAGGCGGGGAGCACCGUCGACAGCUACCAGACCGUCAGCGUCAACUGCGGCUCGUGCCGGGAGCGUCUCUUUCGGUACAAGAAGAAGAACGGCACCAAGAGCAACCUCGUCAAGUGCUACGUCGAGCGGGUCAGCGAGGACUGCGCCGGGAUCCUCGCGGCGGCGGCGGCGGCGAAGGGGGCUUCCUCCGGGAGCGACCACGACGGAGACGGCAAUGGCCACCGCGAGGCGGGAUCCCGCCGGAAGAACCCGAGCGGACGCCGUGCCGGGGGCAAGCCAAAGCCGCCGGGCAGCGCGAAACCCGCCGCGGAACCCGAACCCGAUGGGGCGGUGCCGGUGCUCCARAGCCUCGACCCGGGGUACUCGUGGGAGUGCCCUAGCUGCGGCACGAAGUUCGCGAGGUCGUCCGUGAUCCACGGCCGRCCGGCCCUGAAACUCAUCGGGGGAAAGACGCGAAUGACCAAGAAAUAGGCACGGCAUGGCACGGCACAGCACAGCACAGCACAACAUACCAAGCCAUGCACACACCGCGCCGCAUCGCAUUAGGCCUUUGAGGAUCGAAUCACGGGCGGCUCGAUCYUAGAUGGAAACACAUCACACAGACCAGCGUCUCUUGAGAGAAAAGUCACGAGUCAAACCAAUGCGCMAUGGUUUGUUCGGGAACGGGGGGCAUUAUCAUCGCCUUUGCUGGUUUUCCAUUGAUGAAAAACUCUUGAGGAUUGCUUGGUMUUUGCUGCCGAUGCUGUUGUUGUUGCUACCGGACAGACCGCUGUUGGUCUGGUUCUUGUUUCUGUUCUUUCCGUAGUUUUUUUUGGAUCUGUUCCUUUCCGAGGCUACGGAAUAGUCCAGAUCGUACAGAGCUUUUUGAUGCAAAGAAUAACUCGAAAACCUCUCCAUCUCCGCUACUAGGAAAUCCAUCCASUCUGGCAUAUAYUUCUGCCGCGUGRCCAAAGGAGUGUGCAUUGCGCUUAACUUUGUCUGCCAGCUGUUCGCAAAGGAGGUAUGCCUUAUGUGCAUCGUUCAAGAAAUGCUUUCUUGGUACUAUUCGAAUUUUUCWAUGGUACUGAAACUGGAAACUCGUACUAGGAAUCGCUCCUAAUAGUAUSCUGUACCUAAAUAUCACUAAUUCUUAU